AAAAACGCCUCAGCUGCGCCUAAAAUGUCAAAACACCAAGUUGACAGCGAUGGUUUUCGAAUAGUUCCUUUUAAGCGUUUCUCCAAAAAUAAACAAACAAAAAUACCUUGUAUAGACUCAAAAUUUGAAGAACAAGAAAUCAUCGACGUCAGCAAAGCGAUAAAACGAAUACAGUCAGCAGUGGAUGAUUUAAGAGCCUCUGAUUAUUGGAAACACGUGAUAGAAUCUGUGAGUACAGUAUUGAGUAGCAGAAAACUAAAAACUAUCGUUUGUUUUGGACUAGGCCACAUUGGAGAGUGUAACAUUUCAAGAUAUCAACUCGCGUUAUUAUUGUCUUUAAAAGACUCUCUUAACUGUUCUGACGUCCUGGUACAUGACCCGGUGUUUUUUAAAAGUGAAUGUACGAUAUUGGAUAAUUUAGGGCUUCAAGUUAUAGCAGAGAAUACUGAGGCAGGUUAUGUAAUAUCAAAACAAGACCCAACUCUUCUGUACUUACCACAUUGUCCAAAACAAUUAACAAACAACUUUCUUUGGAGUAACUGGGGCCCUGAAUUAGAAAACUGCAUUUUGAUUUGCAAUAGUUUUGCCUCAUUGGUAGAAAAUCACCCGAAGAGAAUUUUAAAAGAAACUGUACCGUUCAUAGCUAAAAUUAGUUCAUUUGUGUCAGAAAUAAUUUUAGAAAACAACUUUGUUUACACUGAUAUUUUUAAUGAUACAUCAAUACAUCAUUUCCCAAGCAUUACUUUAGAAAAGUUAGACAAAGAUUUUUGGAUAAAAGGUGAUAAACCGAACUACGAAAACACUGAAGAAUUCAUAACCUCUCUUAUGGUGGAAAAGUUAAACAUUUGAUUUGUUUGAAGGUGUGACCAUGGCAAGUAUCACAUCAAAGCCCGUUCUUGUAACGCUACGGCAAUUAUUGUCCGAGAUCCGUAAGCAGAGCUCAACGAAAAAACUAGCAGAAAAUCAGACGGCUCGAUACAUUUUGGACCAGUACCGUAAAC